UCAGUCGCCGCGGACGAAGGUGCUCGGGACGAAACAGCGUGCGAAAUUACUUUUUCAUAACAUAAAUAACAUCAAAUAAGUAAACAAAUACAGAAGGAAAUUGUAAAUUGCUAUAAAAAAGUGCUUCAAAAUAAAUCGCUAAAAGAGCAUUGCAUUAAGAACACAUAUGAAGGUUACAAUAGUAAAUAAUACUAAGUUUAUUUUAUAAUUAUUUAAAAAAAGUGUUGCGAUCUGAAUUUGCUAACGAGGUACGAAAGAUAAACUUUAUCGGUAAAAUAAUACGAUAAGUAACUCUAUAUUUUGUAUGCUUUAGUAACUGUUUAAUAAUUAAAUAUCUAGAUAUAUAUCUGAAGUUGGUAAAUAAGCCGGGAAAAUGAUCAACGUUGUAUUUAAGAAGUACUAAGUUGAGUGAACAGAAAAGUGUUUGUACAUAUUAAAAGUUAAGUUCUUGCAACAAAAUGAGUAAGGAGAAGGUAAUAGACCUGGAUGAGAUCCUGCUGGAGGUGGGACAGUUCGGGAGAUACCAGAUGAAGAACUUCGGUUUGAUUCUGAUACCGAUCAUGUUCACUGCGAUCUACAACAGCCAGUAUAUAUUUUCAGCUGGCAAUGUACCUUACAGAUGCAAAGUCCCAGAGUGCGAGGCAAAUCCCCCAAGGUUCGAAACCAACGGAUGGGGAAACUGGGCUUUACCCGACGGCAGAGGGCGCUGCGAGCGGUACUUACCGAUCGGUAAUACCUGUGCGGCCGACUCCUUCCACCCCACUGACACAAAGCUGUGCUCCAGAUGGGUGUAUGAGAACCACAACACUAUUGUUUCGACGUUCGAUCUGGCAUGCGAGGAAUGGAAGCGUACGUUAGUCGGCACGCUUCACAGUGCCGGUAUAUUCCUUGCUCUGCCGCUAACUGCUUACAUCUCUGACAACUUCGGUCGGCGAGUGGCAUUCAUCCUGACUGCCAUCGCCCCGGCUGCUGUGGGUUUGGGACGUUCCUUUUCCCAGGACUACAUCACCUAUGUGUGUCUGGAGUUCUUCGAGGCAGUCGUUGGCGCUGGCGUGUACAGCUCUGGUUUCAUUCUUGCACUUGAAAUGAUGGGACUCAACAAGCGGGUUCUCGGAGGCAACAUCAUUUCUUGCACCUUCGCAGUCGGUCAAGCGGUAGUUGCACUAGUAGCGUGGGCUGUGCCAGAAUGGAGAACGCUGACAAGGAUCCUUUACGUUCCUUCUUUUCUCUUUGUAUUCUACUACUUCCUGAUAGAGGAGAGUGUUAGAUGGCUGCUCAGCAAGGGCAGGAAGAAGGAAGCGGCUACAAUCAUCUUUAAAGCCGCAACGGUCAACAACAGAAAACUUUCUCCUGAAACUAUCAAAUUAUUGACCGACGAUACACCAUCCACCACAGACGAAGCCAAAACACAAGCAACUCCCGAGGAGAAGCAAGAAUCUAUUGUUUUGCAAGUGUUAAAAUCAAAAGUUAUAGUAUCAAGGUUGUUUAUAUGCUCAUUUUGGUGGAUCACGGUGACGUUUAUCUACUACGGACUUUCAAUAAACUCUGUGUCCCUUGCGGGGAACAGCUACGUGAACUACAUCCUCACGGCGCUGGUGGAGAUCCCAGGGUACUGCAUCAGCGUCCUCACGCUGGACCGCUUUGGACGGAAGACUUCUAUCAUGACCGCCUUCUUCGUUUGUGGAAUCUCUUUAGUCUGCUUGCCCUUCAUUCCAGAAUAUUUGCAAUGGCUGCAGACGUGUCUGAACUUGCUGGGCAAGUUGUGCAUAAGCAUGGCGUUCAGCAGCAUUUACAUCUACACCUCGGAGCUGUACCCCACCACCAUCAGACACAGCUUGGUUGCCGUGUGCUCUAUGGCGGGUAGAAUUGGACAGGUCAUUGCACCGCAGACACCGCUUUUGAUGGCCUACAUGGAGGCGCUGCCCUACCUGCUGUUCGGCGCCAUGGCGGCCGCGGCCGGCCUGCUCAUGCUGCUCACGCCGGAGACGCUGCACGCGCGCCUGCCCGACACCGUGCGCCAGGCCGAGGCCAUCGCGGCGCCGCGCUCGCGCACCACCGACGUCAUCGUGGACUAGACCGACCGGAUAUCUCAUCAUCCUCUUCACUGGACCGGUUUCCGUAUUCCCGCAGUCUUCGCUUGUUGUGUAAAUAAAUCCUCCGCUGAACCUGUUCCAUCCAGAAGCCAAGCUUGUCACGCAGCUUGUCCGGUACUGCGUGAAUCAUACUGGGCAUUGCAGGAAGAAUUCUUAAUUAUAUUUUUUCACCAGUUUUCGUGCUUCAUGUUAAAACAGUUACCUAAACUACGAUAAGUAACUACCUAAUAUAAGCUUAAGCGAACGGCACAUUAGACUUAACAUUGUAUAAAACAGUAUGAAGCCAAGUACACUGACAAAGGUUGGGGCUACCUCGUGCUAGACGCUGCUGACACCAUUUAGUGAACCUUGUUAGCAAAUGCGUGCCACUCGAGCAGCGAAUUCAAAUUAUUCAUGCUUUGUAUGCGAAUUAAAUACUAACCACUCAGAAGAGUUCGUAACUCAGUCAAAAAUAUCAUGAUGCGGGUCACGUAUUCGACUGUCAACUUACAUGUGGUCCGAAAACACACCAUCGAAUUUCAUUGAGAAUACACACUAGACAC